AUGUCAGAUAAUCGUAGUAAAAGUCUUAGUUUACAACAUAUUUGUAACUAUGAUGAAUUAAGUACCUAUUCAUUAAAUCAAUUAAAAUUGGAUAAAAAAACAAAACAAUCAGUUUAUUAUAUUUGUCAUAUAUGUAUAUUAAAAAGUAAACAAAUGAAUAUAAAUGAUGAAUUGACUAAAGAUAAAGCAGAAUAUUUAAUUGAAAAUAAUUUAAAUAAACGUUUAGCUCAUUGUAAUUUAUAUUGUUUACAAGAUCAAAUACGUUUUGAAAAAUCAAAACAAUGCGGUUCAAAUCCACCAAGAAAAUUUCUAUUAUAUAAACAUAUUAAAUGUAUAUAUAUCUCUGAAAGUAAACCAUAUACAUUUAUAUUAUGUAUAGAAUAUGAUAAAGCUAAAUGUAAAAUUUAUGAAGUCUAUAAAUGUAAAUUAUCACAAGAUGUUAAAAUGCUUUAUAUCUUAUUACAGAAAGCAUUAAAUGAUAAAGAAUUUUUAUUAAGAGAUGAAUUAAAAUAUCCAAAAGUAUCUAUUGGAUUACAAUGUUGUUUAAUUUAUGAUAGAACUAUGAAUACUACUAGUAAUAUCAAUCCUUCUAUAUAUGAAAGUAAUAUUCAUUAUAAUAAUGAAAAAUAUAUGAGUAAUAUUAAAAGGCAAUCAUUAUUACCAUUGAAUAAAUCAUUAUCUAGAACUAAAUUUACUGGUGUCACUACAAAUAUUUAUGAAGAACAUUCUAAUGAAUUGAUUCAAAAACAAGCUAUCACUUCAAAUUCACCAUCUAAAUAUUCUGAUAUUUCAAUGGAAUUAUUACAAAAGUUGAAUAGUGUCUAUAAUCCAGAUGGUGAAUAUAACAAUAAUAAUAGUAAUAAAACCUGGCAUAAAUCGUUGAUAUUAUUACAGACGGAUUAUAUAAGAGGUCCUCGAAUCAAUGACAUUGGUCCUAUUUAUAUGUUUGUAGCAAGACAACUGAAAUAAUCUCUGAUAAUUAAAUUAUUAACUAAACUGAACAGAAUAUAUAUUCACUAAACAUGAUUCUUUAUUCAAUUUUUGUCUUUUUAAACUCUUCUGAAUAAGCUUCAGUAUGUUAUGGUUUAAUUUUACACAACUAAUCUUGUAAUACAUUCCUAGUUGAAUAAUCAAUUUGUUUUUUGUUGUUGUAUUUUUCACCAUUAUUUCAUAGCUACAUAUAUUUAUCACUGUUUCUUACCAACAUUAUUACGUAACCUAAUUGUUCUUUGUUUUUUUUUCCGGUUUUCUAAUAUUAGCCAUUCAUUUAUUUCUACAUUUUGAAACAUCUCAAAUAUGUAGCCAAUUCAUUGAAUAAUGUUUAGUGAUUUAAACACUUUAUUACUAUUGUAUUGGGAAAUUAUAUAGAUUAGUCAAUUAUUCAAGUUAUUCAUUUUAAUUACGUUUCAUCUAAUAUAAAUCAAUUUGUCAAUAAGUUUGAUCAAUUAAGGAGUUGAAAAAGGAUCCGUUUUUUUUGGUUUUGUUUUUAAAUAAUAAAAUGUAUUUUCUUUUCUCA